AUGGGCCCCUGUACCGCCUCCCCAUGCUGCUGCCAGGCCCGUAAUCUGCCAUGGGCCCCUGUACCGACUCCUCAUGCUGCUGCCAGGCCCGUAAUCUGUCAUGGGCCCCUGUACCGCCUCCUCAUGCUGCUGCCAGGUCCAGAGUGUGUCAUGGGUCCCUGUACGGCCUCCCAUUGCUGCUGUCUCUAUCGCCACACUCUGCCAUGUGCCACUUUCAGGUCUCCUCACACUGCUGGUGGUUUCCAUUUUUGUCAUAGGGUGCUGUAUGGCCUCCCAUUGCUGCUGCCUCCUCCACCGCCACACUGUGGCUCCACACUCUGGUUUUGGCCCCGUGACUGCCCAAAUGAGUGAAAGUGUGCGGUGAUUCUAAGAUCGACGGCACUCAUCUGCAUGUCAUACUGACUGACAGUAUUAUUUCUCUUCCCCAGCAGACUCCAAGGGCAUUUAAAUUAAAGGUACAGUGUUCUGCACUAAUAUUA